AGGUCUUGCUGCUGAUUUGGCGAAUCUGCUUGAGCGGAUGCAGCCCUAGCGGACUUGCUCUCAGAGACCAACACGGUCUGUAACCUGUAACCUUACAUGCUCCAAUCGUCAGCAGGAGAACAUCGGAGACGUUCAGUAAUUCUUGGAUUUCCAGAGUGAUUCUUUCACGUCUUUUCCCGCGAACUUUUGUGAGGUUAUCUGGCUUUUAUUACGAGCAAAGUCCUUCCGCUCGCCUUCAGCGAAAACCCUGUGGACUAGCCGUUUCACUCAGCCGGAGCAGCGCAGCAGCCUGCGCGCAGGAAUGUGUGAACGCUGAAGUGUUUUUUAUUAAUUUAAUCUUUCAAGUGGAAUGUAUUUACACAAUGGAGAACAAAACGGGAGUCUACUAUCAAGCAAUGCCAGCAGUGGGACCUGACGGGAAAAACGUGAUGAAGUUGAUUCCAGUUCAGAAAGUGAACGGGAAGUUUGUUCAGACGCAGGUUCUUACUACAAGGAAUGACUGUCAACCUCAGGUUUAUUCUCAGCCUGCUCACAUAUCGCCUGCGUAUUUACCGCAAAACAAACUCCCAACGCUUCAGCAAACGGCAGAUGGACGUUUUAUUUUAAAAACGUCACCAGAAAGCAACAUUUUAUUUAACUCGGUGAAAAUUCAACACCAAGGAGAUAACGACUCGCUUAAAAAUGCUCCCAAUCAAGUACGUGCCCCACUACUCACUACCAGACUGACACAAAAUGCAUUGCCGUUACUCCCUCCGAAUAACAGCAAGAAUGUAACUGUGAUCAGCGGUCCGCAGCAGCCUGCGGCUUUGAAAUCGCACGUUUUUCCAAGCGGACAUUACCUUCAGAUUCCUCCCAAUGCUACAGUUAGAACUCUCCCUGCCUCUGCACUCCCACAAUCUAUCAAAAGCCAGAUAUGUAACUCUUCAAGUGCUCUGUCUAACCAUACAAAAGGCUUACCAACAGUUGUUUAUGUGUCUCCAGUCAACUCUUUGAAACUAGGUCCCAAUCAGCAGGUCCCAGGCCUCACUAAAGCCAGUGAACUGCCCCAGAGCUUAGCUCAAACACUGUCCAUAACUGAUGUGAAGAGCCUCAGUGUGUCUUCUACAUGCAGUCCCAAGGUUGAUCAAGGAGCCUCUGCUCCAAUGAAAUGGAUAAUCCAAGAAGGGGCAGGAAACACUGCUCCGUGCCUCAUACCAGUGUCUUCUCCCAGCAUGCCCACAGACAUCUUGAAAGCAGUGAGGCAAAUUGAAACAGUGAGACAUACAAACCAAGUUCCAGCAGGAGAGCCCACAUCUGCUGAUGCCACCCAAGAAAAGAUUAGUCCGGGAAUGGACAACGCCCUUGUGAUGUGUAACGGAAAGGUCUACUUUGUGGCAAAAAAAAAUUCAGAGAUUAGCAAGGAUCUGAUCUCCGGGGUGACGGGCAAAGUGCAGGUCAAGAAUUCCGUCCAACCCGCUGGCGCUGCGUCCGGGUCAUGCACUUCCGAUACGGUUCCAAAGCAAGACGCGAAAAACACUCCAGUCAGUAAAAAGCCAAACGAAAUCAUUGAUCUGUGUGAUGACGACGAAGUUGAUGAAGAGAGCUCUAAAAGGGCUGAAUCCAGUAGGUUAACGGUUCUUGGCGAAACAGUAGGUGAGAAUGAUGAAGACUCCAAUGUAAUAUUUGUGUCAUACAUUCCGCCAAAAUCGGACACCGAGACCAGCAAGAAAGUUGCAGAGACCGCUCCGCAGAAUGGCAGUGGGACCGGUAUGGACAGCCCUGAAUGCAAAGAAGGCAACGAGGAAAAAAGCUGCGAAACAAACGGUACAGACAGCCUUGUGAUUGACCACGAGGUCAGUAGAUGUCAAGAUAACGUAGCUGCGUGCGAGAGUGUGAGUGGAGCUGUGUCAGAACAGUUACAGGAAGUUUGCGAUCAAGGAACAGCAGUAACCAGAAAGAUUUCUGUCGAUCCGGUUAUUCAGUGCAGACAGGACAGUGAAGCAGUUACUGAAAUGUCUUUGGCUGAACCAGCCGUAGAAAACAUGCCUCAGCGAAAGAGCGACUCUGAACUCAGACAGAUUUUUGGGAUCACUUCUGAACUGAAAAUUGGCUUACGGAGGAUAAAUCGGGCUCAAGAGUCGAGUCCACAAGUCGAGAGAAGGUCCAUCAACAAGCGCACUUUGGAGGGCAUCCGCAAACUGAUUCGGGAAUCACAGAUAGAGUUAAAAAUCAAACAACUGAUCCAGGCACAAGUGCUUGUCCCCAAAAAGGAAGAUGACCCAGAAGAUGCCAAGAGAAAACGGUUGGAGCAGGUUGGGCAGAAGACCUGUUUGGACUCUACUUGCUCCAUUGUCCAAAGUUCUUCACCUCAGACUGAGGAUAUGGUAAAUUGUGAUGACGAGAUGCAAAGCGGGUCCGCGGACGCCUGUGCAGAUAGCAAGGUGUUACUUUGUUGUCGAGGUUCAGAGUCAGAAACGCUGUCUACCAGUGGUUCCUCUGAAGUAGCAAAGCAGACUACCGAGCUACUUUGUUCUUUUUCAUGUCAGCCUCAAGAAAUUCAAACUGCAUGCACUCAUACCGACAGUACUGCUUGUACUUCUGUGUCACGGAAGACCCCACAUCGACAAAGCAAAGGCAGUGGGAGAAUAUGCACUGCGUGUCCGUGUGGAACUAAGGUCGGAGUAAUAACGCCAAAUUCAUCCAAACCUCAAAAUAAGACAAGUUCUGCUGCUGUUGUUGAUCCUUCUGAACAUGCAAGUGUUUUCAAAGAGUCAAACAGAGACUGUAAUACAGUUGAUAAAGUCCUGGAGAAUUCCGUUUUAGACCCACCAGUGAUAAAUGAAGAGUUGGAAAACUCUGAAGAUGAAGCAGUACUUUCCGGUCAGUCGUAUUCAAAGCCUGGUGAAAGUCCAUUGCAAAGUACUGCCUCUUUGGCAAAGCAGCAAGACCGUGCCAGUCAAGCAGGCUUGGGUUCACACGGAAAAACAUGCCGCAGCAGCAUUUCAAGGGCCAACACGCCAGGUAAGACUCAUGAGGAAGGUACAGGUGGUCAUGUGGCAUCAACCAAGCAUGAUCUAUACAAUCGAAAAGAGAAGGCACCUCGUCCCUCAGGUGGGGCAAUGUUUGGUGUUGGUGAAAACAUGACCAGUGAGUUUUACUCCUCUAUAAUGCUGGACCCUGAGGAAGUAAAGAGACGGGAAAGAAUCAGACGCCUCAAAGACCUCCUGAAGGAGAAGGAGGCGGCCCUGGAGAAGCUGAGGAAGAGCAUGUGAGAGAAACCAGCACACGUGCAAACGUAUUGUGAGCUACUGGAGGCACGACAUCGAUGAAAAACCCAACAACACGUAAAGCAGCUCCAUGAAAAGAAGGCAGCAUCUCGUCAUUCAUGCCAAGUAAAUUAUUUUUGAAAGUAAUCUAUAGAGGAUGAGUUUUUGCAUCGUUAUUUCUGUUUGACUAAUUAUGUAUUUAAGUCAGUAUUUCAUGCUUGUCAUUUAUGGUUGUAUCAGUGUUAAUGUUGAUGCAUUUCUUAACUGAAAGAAUGUAAAAUAUGGCUGUUUAUUGUACGUUUUGAAUUGCUUUUCUAAAUUAUCUCUGCAAACUGUCAGACCUACAGUUUUAAAUGGAUUCAUUUAAUAAAUGAGAAAAUGUACCUUUAUGAAGGCCUGUGCGUACAUCCGCACCUAUAUUGUCUGCAUGAACAUUCAGUUUUUUGGGGGGUUUUUUGGUCCAGCUUGCCUCUACAGAAGAAUUCUCAUCUUAAUAAAACGAACGAGCCAGUCAUCAAUUCUGUUUGGGUUACUCAGUUUGUUAGGCAGGAUUUUCGAGUCAGAUUGGGAUCAUCUUUGUGUUUAUUUCUUGUCACUGUUAUAAUUUGACUGCAUAGUUGUACAGUUUUAUUAAGUGCCAGUUGUUUUGUAUCUCUGUGUAUCUUCUGUAAGUUAUAGCUGAGUAUAAGUUAUAAAAUAAAGUGUUGAUUUCUGUUCAUUUGAGUGAGCCAA